GGGGCAGAGCUGGGGCGGCUGGCACUGCAGGGGGGGUAUUGAAAGCUCUUUGACGUUGCUCCUUGCAGCAGGAGCAGCAGCCGGCAUGAAUCCCUGCAGCAGCAGAAGGGCAGGCAAUGACCCCGGCCUCGCCCCCUCUGCCCCCCAGCUGACAGCAUCGCAGCCGGGACACCACGGUGCCGGGCAGAGACCCGGCCGAGUCAAGCGCCGCAAAACCAAACGGGAGCGCAACUCUGCCAAGUUCGGCAGGAACGCUGCGGUCGGAGGUGCGGAGCAGAGGUCUGGCUGCAGGAGGCUUCAGAGGAUGCCGGCCCCGGGCUGGAGCUCACACUGUGCUGGGCACGCCAAGUCCACCCCUCUACCAGCCAUCAGAAGGAUCUCUGGCUCUGUGCCGGUCAUCAUAACCCAGCACAGGCUCACCCAGCAUCUGGGCAUGUUUAACAGGGAGGUGAAAUCUGCCAACAUCGAGAGGCUGCUGGAUCCCCGAAGCGAGCGAGAGACGGAGACUGAGACGAGUGCUGCGAUCCCUGGCGCAAUCAGCCAGGCUUGGGACCCCUGCGCCCCUGGCCAGACAUGCACGCCAGACACACAGCAUGGGACCAGCGCACCUGCACCCCACGCAGCGGGCGAAGGGCCCCAACCUACAGCUGCGCCAAGUCACUCUGAAACCGCGGCGGUGGAGACAGGAGAGUCCCAGGCCGAGGUCCCAGCUCCCCGGGACGAGAAGGAGAACGUCCCUCCGAGUGGGGCCGAGCCAGGCGGUGUCACCGCCGCCAUGAGGGAGCUGGCCCAGGAACUCCAAACCCAUCUCGACCUGACGUCGACAUUCCCGGGACGCAACCUGAUCAGCGAAAGGCGCCAGACAAUACUCAGCACCCUGCUGGACCGGCACCAAACCCUGCCCGAUCUCUCUGCCCUGAUGGUGCAUAACAAGCCGGGCGGUGGCUCUGCCCAGGGAGCUCUCAGGAGCCCAGGUGCCAGGGGGCAGGAGCUGCUGUUGGAUACGGGAUCAAGUGGCAGCGGGAACUCUGAACAGGGCAUUUCGGGGAAGAGGAGAAGGGGACAGGACGUGCUGGCCUUCAGGAGCCCCAGCCCUGUGCACACGGUCAUUAAAACGGGAGAGAGGAGAGCGACCCGAAGGGACGACCUGGAAUCCCUUGGCGCAUGCGAGCUGUUUGGCCAGCCCCCCACAGCAGCUCCGUCCCACCACGCGCUCCUGUCCGGCUCUGCCCUACACGCAUGCACAAUAGCCACCUUCGCCCCCCAAGCGCCAGGCCCCCUGCCCAGAGCUGCUCAGUGCUGUGGGAGAUCCUGGGAAGCCAUCUGGGAACCCAGGACCAGGCUAGAGAGAGCCAGCAUGGCCUUUAGGCCAGCCCGAAAGGCGCGUGCCUCCGAGGGACACGGUCAGGGACACUGGAUGCCAUUUGCAGCUGGGGAUUCGGUGCGGACCUUGGGUCUGGGUCUGGACAGCAGGAGCCCUGCGGAGUGCCCCUUGGCUAAGCCCCCCCAGCAUCCCUGUGCCCACUGGCUGAGCCCAGAGCUGUGGCAGGUGCUGCAGACCCAGACCCAGACCCAGAGCAAGCGGCCCGCACCAGAGCUACACGCUUCCCAGCCCAUGGCGAGAGCCGCCCCGGAGACACAGACCUCCUUUGAUGUCCUGAAAAGCAUCUGGAGCCCGAACCAGCCCAGCCAGGCAGCAGAGGUCCUGGCCCCCCGAGCGCUGGCGUGGCCUCGUCCGGGGCACAGGGCUGUCUCCUGGGAGCUGUGCUCAGAACCAGCGCUCCUCCCGCAGGCCUGCUCGCAGCACAGGCCGGGGCCUCACCUGGAACCGCUCCUGCCCCCCGGAGAGGCUCGGAAGCCCAGGCAUGCCAACGGGCUGCUGUCGGUGCUGGGGAAGCCCAGAGACCACUGCCAGAAGCCGGCAUCCGUGGAGCCAGUGAGAGCCUCCGCCUGCUACCAGCCAUGGGACUCCAGAGCCGCCACCCCCAGAGCCUGGGAUCUGCCGGAAGCCAUGGGGGAAGGCUGCCCCCGUGCUGGGGGGUGGGAGGGCAGGUUCCCCCUGGUGGGGGCCCAGCAGCUAUGCACACUCCAGCAGUUGCCCAUGUCCUUCUUCCCCCCCUCGGAGGCGCUGGAGCAUGGCCGCUCGCCGCCGCCCACUUUGCACGGAUACCGGCUGGAGGAGGGCAGCCCUGAGGCCUGGGUCUUCCCCCGCAUGAGGCUGUACUGAGAGAGCCUGGCACCUCCGGCUGGACUGGGGCGCUCGCUGCUCCCUCCGGCUCCCAGCUGCCUUUCCAGGAGCGCGGUACCGGGAUCCCGUGUAUCAUGGCCAGGGGAUCCGCCCCCUUGGGUCCCCCAGGACACCUCCCCAGCAGGGGCCCCCAGAGCUGAGCCCAUGUUUAGAGGCUCCUCAAUAAAGGCCAG